GUUUAUAGCACCAUGACAACAAUCCUGUGUCGGCUAGUCCAUGCGUUUCACGGAUGGGUUAACAAAGAUCAUGUUUACACAUGCGGAUUUAUGUACUCUCUUAAUUGGGUACACGCGCUUAGAUAGACACGAGCGGUUGUUUUGGACGACAUUUAACUUGUAAUCAGAUUGAACUGACAUGGAUCGCUAUGGUAAAGGCGGGGCACUUCCCCUUUACCAGGCCAGUGGACCAGCAGGGAAUCCCAAGGCAGGCACCUUGGGACUGGGUCUGAGCAAACACAUGCAAAUUUCCCCCUACAUGGUAGUUGCGUCCUGUGUGUUUUGGCUGUGCAUGCUGCUCCUCGCAGUCCGCGGGGCCCAGUACGCACUCCUAUACUCGGCCAUAGACGAUUCAGACCUGGACAAAAUUGCUUGCUGUAAUAACUUUGGUGGAGACAUUGAAAUCAACAGAAAAACCAUUGAAUCCUAUCCAAAAGGUGAAACUGUUCCCUAUUUAAUGAGGCUUGGUCCAGAGUCAUUAAAAUCAAACUUUAAAGGAACACCAUCUCCUACAGAGCUUACAGAGAUACCUCCAAUAGUCACAGCAGUGUCUUCUGAUGACUUCUAUCAUGUGCAAUCACUCAUACGACAGUGGAGGGAGGAAAUAAAGAAGUCACAUCCAACAACUAAGUUUAUAAUCUAUGAUAUUGGCCUUUAUGAAAGCGAACUAAAUCUGAUCAAAGCCCAUUGUGAGUGUGACGUUCGACAUUUUGAUGCAAAAAUCUUCCCCAACCAUGUGGCAGACAUCCGCAACUUUGCAUACCGUCCAAUCAUUAUACAGUCUAUCAUUGAGGAGUUUGGGUCUAUUCUGUGGCUGAACCCGAACAUGUUAUUGACUCGAGCCUCUGACCUCAACCAGCUGAAGUACCGUGGAAAGCGUGACUUUUUCGUGUGGACCCAGCCGGACUAUGUGAAUACUCUGGCGUACACAGACCCAGCCAUGUUCACGUACAUGAAGGAGUCCCGCUGCUGUUUUUCCGACUCUGGACUUGUGGAUGUCUCUACCAUGGUCUUCUAUAGGACUAACACGUCAUGGGGUGACGUCUUGAAACCGUGGCUGAUGUGUGCGCUCAGUGCCUCCUGCAUAGCCCCUCCCACAGCGCGCUACAGCGGCUGCUUUGAGCUGCGGGCCCCUCGGACCACAGGCUGCCACCGUUACGACCAGUCUGCCCUCAGUAUUGUGUUAGAGCGCAUGUUUCAGUUCUCUUCCAAGUCUGACCAGUACGUGGUUGGGCGGCUCUCUCGGACACAGGACCAGUACCUUCAGUACUUCCCUGAGCAGCCCUGGACCUACACCGAGAUGUUCAUGCUAUCUGCCCUGCCACUCACCUGUCUAGGAGGGCUUGUGUUCAUGUUCAGACGAAGAAAGCAAACAGCUAGAGCAAAAGCAAAUUUCAGAAAGCGGUAACUUGCUCACUGAAAUGACAUUGGUGCAUGUUAAUUGCUGUUGUGAUUUAUGUCCAUUUGUCAUUUUGUGAUAUUCAUAUCUAUAUUUAUAUUGUAUGUUGAACCAGGGAGAGUAUAUUGACUCAUCUAAAGCAAAAAAAUCUCAUUUAAUAUUUUUAUUUUGCUCAAUUUUCAGCAAUAAUUAUACAUAAUAAUCAUACUAAAAUUUUGUGACUACCAAUAUUUGUAUUUAUGUCUAUUCUGGGUCUCAUUUUUAUGCCCCCGGAUGGAAUGAUCAGGGCAUAUUGUUUUUGGCCUGUCUGUCUGUCAUUCUGUCCCAAAACUUUAACCUUGGUUAAAGUUUUGCCAUAACUUUUGCAAUAUUGAAGAUAGCAACUUGAUAUUUGACAUACAUGUGUAUCUCAUGAAGCUGCACAUUUUAGUGGUGAAAGGUCAAUGCCACGGUCAUCCUUCAAGGUAAAAAGUCAAAAAAUACAAUCCAAGAGAAGUAAUAAGCUUUAAAAGGGAGAUAAUAUCUAAACCAAAUGAUAUAUUGAAAUUUUAUUUCAAAGCGGCGCAAUAGGGGGCAUUGUGUUUUUGACAAACACUUCUCUUGUUUAUUGUGUAAUACAAAUAAAAACUCCUCGCGGACGAAA